CAGAAAUACGCGAAAACCGUGCAAAUCUUCGAGGAAUUCCACAAAAUCGCGUGUCUCGGCGAUUUGACGUCAAUCUAUCGGAGCCGCGCAUGUUUUCCGGAUGAAAAACGCAAAUCGGCACUUGUAAAGCCGGCAAUCGACGUUUUUCGAGCAUUUCCAGCGUCAAGACCCACAGUUUUUCACUAUACGGGCCUUUUAAUCCACGAGAGCGCUCAUCACUGGUUCAACGCGCAGGAAAAUGUGCAACAGGUUUCCAACAUCACCAUCGUCAACGAAAAAGCCACGUGUGAACGAACUACUGGAUUUUUAUAUGAAAUUUUUCGCGGAAACCGAUGGAAAUAGUGGUCUAGAAGAGUGUUGUAAUUUUCAAGUAAUUUGACCCGAAAAAUCGAAAAAUUCACG